AUGAGCUUUAUGCUCGCUCCAGAUGCGGGUAUUGGCUUCCUGCACGACGUCUACACUCUCAACAAGACCCAAAUCAACAGUCUGCAGGCCCUCAAUCUGGAAAAGUCCCGCCUGAAGAUCCCUUUCUUGCAUACCGGCGAAUGUCUGCACGGCGUCGGCUCUUUCAGGCAGUCCAUGUUUCCACAAGCUCUCACAAUGGCGACAUCGUGGGACACGGACAUCAUCCACCGAGUCGGACGAGCGAUCGGCACGGAAGCUCGUGCCAUAGGCCUACAUGCCUGCUUCUCGCCAGUGCUCGAUAUAUGUCGGGACCCCAGAUGGGGUAGAUGUCAGGAGGACUGGGGAGAGGAUCACAUCCUGACGAGCCAUCUAGGAGUGGCCUAUGCUGCUGGCCUCUCCAAGAAUGGAGCCUGGGGCGAGAACGAUGCUGUUGUUCCAGUCAUGAAACACUUUGCAGCCCAUGGAGCUUCUCAAGGUGGUCUCAAUGGAGCACCUUGGAUGGGCCAUGGCAAUCGCGAGGUUUUACAAAAUCUGCUCACCCCAUUCAAGGCCGCAAUCGAUCUCGGGGGUGUGGGAGGCGUGAUGAUGGCCUACAGCGAGGUUGAUGACGUCCCAUCUCACGUCAGUCCCAUGCUCUACGAUGCGCUUCACGAUUGGGGAUAUGAUGGCUUCGUCAUAGCGGAUGACACUGGCAUGUCCGAGCUUGAGAAAGUACAUCAAGUAUCGGCAGGCGCGGCGGACACGAUCGGGCAAUGGUUCAACGCUGGAGGGAUGGUGUCCUUUUACGAUUACCCACUGGAGACGUACCUGAACUCGACAGUGGAGCUGGUGGCGAAUCACACGGUUGCACUCGACACGCUGCGUGAGAAGAUGCGACGCAUUCUGGGCGUAAAAUAUGAUCUCGGCCUUUUUAAAAACCCCUACAUUCCGGACGACAUUGAUGCGGAUGAGCUCACCAAAGAACACGUCCCUCUUGCAUUGGAGGCCGCCCUGAAGAGCAUCGUCUUGCUCGAGAACAAAAAUUCACUGCUGCCAUUAGAUCCUACCUCGCCAAAGAAAAUCGCCCUCAUCGGACCAUACUCUGACAACUUGAAUUUCGGCGACUACUCCGGACAAUUUGGGCAAUAUCCAGUCGAGAAUGCCUGGACUCUCCGUCAAGGCAUACAACAGGUUUUCAAGGAUCACAACACUUCAGUCGAGAUCAACACAGCUUGGGGAGCCAAUACAUGGGUGCAAAACGAUCAAGUUCCCAUUCCUGGCUAUCACCUUUCCACUCCCAACGGCACUACCGGUAGUCUUCAGGCAACUUACUACGCCGACACCAAUUUCUCGCAGCCUCUCGUCGUCAAGCCCGAGGUGCCCGUCCGAGAUUGGGGCCUCUACCCACCACCUGGUCUACCAAGCAACAACUUCAGCGCCGUAUGGGAAGGCACCCUCACCGUCCCCGUCUCAAUCACAACAGAAGGCUGGCUCGGCGUCGGCAUUGCCUGGAACAGCACCGCAAAACUCUACAUCAACGACACCCUCCACAUCGACAUCCCCCUCACAACCACCGGCAACUUCCUCUCCAACAUCCCCAACCGCGCCUACGCCCUCCAAAACAGCACCGCCCCACCCCCAGGCUCCAAACCCUUCACCUUCGUCCCCGGCGCCACCCACAAGAUCCGCCUCGAAUUCCGCGCCUGGAACCUCUACCAAAAAAUCGCAAACCACAACUCCCUCAACUCCGAAAUCAUGCUCUUCUGGAACCUCGUCGACUCCACCCCGACCCACGCCCUCUCCCAAGCCCUCUCCCUCGCCCAAACCUCCGACCUCACAAUCCUCACCGUGGGAGGAGCCUGGAACUCCGACGGCGAAUCCGGCGACCGCUCCACACUAUCCCUCUCACCCAACCAAACGCACCUCGCCGAAUCCAUCCUCUCCCUCUCCCUCGCAACCUCAAAACCCUGCAUCCUAAUCCUCAACGGCGCCCGUCCCCUCUCCCUCCCCUCCCUCUACGCCUCCUCCACCGCAGUCCUCUCCACCGGUUUCGCCGGCCAAGCCAGCGGCCUCGCCCUCGCGCAAACCCUCUUCGGCCUCUCCACCCCCGGCGGCCACCUCCCCCUCACCAUCCCCCGCUCCGUCGGCCAAUUACCUUCCUACUACAACUUCAAACCCACCACGCACAAAACCUCAUAUCUGGACGAAGACCCCUCUCCCCUCUACCCCUUCGGCCACGGCCUGUCGUACACGAAGUUUGAGAUUUCGAAUUUCGAAGCCGAGCGGGCCACGUUCGUGAACACCUCCAUCAUCACUUUCCACGUCACGGUCCGGAAUCUCGGCGCUCGACCCGGUUCGUACACGGCGCAAAUCUAUCUUUUGCAGCGAGUGAGGAGCAGCAUUACGCGUGCGGAGAGGCAGUUGGUGGCGUUUUCCCGGGUGUAUUUGGAUGUCGGGGAGGGGAAAGUGGUGGAGAUGGAGGUGGAGGUGGAUCGGUAUUUGAAGAUUUUGAAUCGGAGGUAUGAGUGGGAGGUGGAGAAGGGGGAGUAUGUGUUUGCGUUGUUGGAGAAUGGGGGCAUGGGGGUUGAUACGGGGAGGAAUGUUACGUUGAGGAGUGUUUGA